AAUUCGGUUUUGUUCACUCAAAGUUGACGUUUAUAACUUUCGGUUUUAAACUCGAGAGUUUACAAACUUUUGAUUUUCAUAACUUCCCGAAAAAGUAGAAGUUAAGAAGAAAACUUUUGUUUUAUAUAUUAAAAAAAAAUAACAAUAAUGUAUCGAAGAAAUUAUUUUUGGGAAAAUUCGGCAUGUUCAUCUUCAAGCAGCGAAGAUGAAGAAAGUCUGCAAAUUGAGAGACGGGAAUAUAAAAUGUUCAAACGCAUUCAAUUAAACACGUGGGAUGACCUAGACUUUUUGCAUCGUUUCCGUCUCUCAAAACGCACGACAAUGAUGGUGCUAGAAGAAAUAAAAGAUUCCUUGCCGUGUGAUGAAAGGAGAUCACGCGAAUUACGACCUAUGACGCAAUUGCUAAUUGCAUUAAGGUAUUAUGCGCUUGGAUCUUUUCAACUAGCAAUCGCGGAUUUUUCAGGGGUUUGUAUUACAAGUGUACACGUUUUGUUGAAACGUGUGUCCAGAGCUCUUGCCGAACUUUCCCCACGGUAUAUUCAAAUGCCCCAAACGCAAAACGAGCGCUUGAAAGCAGCUAAAGAAUUUUUGCAGCGGCAAAGUUCCCUCGGACUAUUGGUGCAAUAGAUUGCACCCAUAUUCGAAUUCAAUCGCCAGGUGGAACAGAUGCAGAAAACUUCAGAAAUCGAAAAGGGUGGUUCUCGUU